UUAUUGUUUUGUCAACUUCAACUUGGAGAUCGGAUGACGUUUAUAUUCAGAAAGCGUUUAUUAAAUACACAAUUUUAUUUACAUAAUUGAUUUUUAACUAGUAUUUACACAUACACUAUAAAAUUGUCAAUAAAAUUGAAGUGGUAAUUCAACUUUAUAAACUCAUUUACUGCUAUUUAAAUAUAUGUUCUUUUUUAUUUCAAUAAUGGAAAAUGAAUGAUGAAGACAUUAACAAUUAUUUGCCAUCAAUUUUAAAUCCAAGAACAAUAAAGAAAGAAAACAAGAACAUAUCACUCACUCAGGUAAUUUUAAUUAUGAACUAUUACAUACAUUUAUGUUUUCAGACGUCAACAGUUAGUCGUUUGUCUUUAUCACUAAAAAGAAAUAGUGGAACAGGAUAUUUAAAGAAUAAUAAUUUACAGAAUAAUCUUAUAAAUAAAGAAAAUUUAAAGAAUAGUCUAAACUGUUUAAGAAAAGAAUAUCAAAAUGUAGACAAGGAGAAGACUACUUCCGACGUUAAUACAUUGGGAAUUUCAGCCAUAGAAGAUAUAAAUAGUCUAAAGAAUGAUGAGUCUAGUCUUUUAGACGAUGUUACAUUUAAGUUAGAAGCUGCUAGUAAAAUAAAUACAGAAAUUAAUGGAAAUGUUUUAAUUCCAUCGACUCCUAUUGAAAUAUAUGAUGAUAGUAGCAUAUGUAGUGAAAAAACCGUUAUAUAUGAUGUUAAUGUAAAACCAGUGAUAACUGUUUCAUUCUGUGUUUCGAAUUGUGAUAAUGUAGAUGUAAGUACAAAUAAUAGUAAUAUUAAAAAAGUUUCACUGGCGCACAAUAAAAAUGCUGUAGAUGUUGAUUGUGAAAUAGUUGAAGGAUCAGAGUUAUCAGACGAAAGCAUGGAUAGUAAUUUGAAUAUGACCAACUCUUUGCUGAAUUCGUGCAAACGGAAGGCAGUAUCUGUCAACUUAGAAAUAAAAAAGCAAAAAGUGACAGAUACAGAAGAAAAAACGGAUAUAUCAAAAAUUCUUAUUUUGAAAACAAAUGCCAUCGAAAAGCUUACACAUAUUAUUGUUCAGCCGCCAAAUUAUAAAUUAGUGAAAAGAAAAAUUAACGAUAUCAAUUGUAUAAACUCGAAACAAACUUCGUAUGUGUCUGUUAUUAAACAUGGAAAAAAUGUUAAAAAUGAACAGUUAAACCAGACUGCGAUCGAUACGUACUUUAAGAGUGAUAAAGUUACGAAAAUAAAUAAAUCGACCAAAGAUAGCGGUGCUAAUUUUUUGAGUAAUGAAAUUUUGAGUGAGGUGCGUCACGAUACAGUAGAGCGUGAUGAUGCGCAGGAAAUGAAUAGGAAUUCGGGAGUCGCUGAUUUAGUUGGACUAAGAUCUCAUAAAACAUUACGUGAUACGUCAGAAUCUCCAAGAAUUUGUUUGCCACAAACGCCAUCGCCAAAGCGAGAGGUAAAGGGUUCGAUAUCUGAAGCACCUCGCGCUUCCUCCUCGAGAUCUAAAAAGGAGAGUUCUGGCUCACUAUCGCCAAGAAAAAAUAUCGAUUCUAUUCACUUCACUUUACCAGUUAAGUCCAGAUUGAAUAAAACGACGAUAAAUGCACGGACAAUACCACAUCACAAAAUAGUAGCAGGAACUCAUUUCGCGGUUGAUGCAUUUUCUUAUGGAGAAAUUCCGAAUGUGAAAAAUUAUUUCUUAACUCAUUUCCAUUCUGAUCACUAUAUGGGACUCAACAGGAGUUUCAGUAAAUCAUUGUUUUGUUCCAAAAUAACGGCGGAUUUAUGCGUUUCUCGUUUGAGGGUGAAUUUUAAGCAUAUUCAGAUUAUAAAUCUUGACGAAACGUUAACAAUUGAUGGCGUGGAAGUAACAGCAGUCGACGCUAACCAUUGUCCCGGUGCUUUAAUGUUUGUGUUCACGUUGCCAAAUGGAAAAACUGUCUUACAUACAGGUGAUUUUCGCGCCACACAUAUGAUGGAGUCAUAUCCUGUGUUCUGGAAUAAAGAUGUGCACACUAUUUACUUAGAUACUACGUACUGCAACCCACGUUACGACUUUCCGAAACAAGAUCAAAGUUUAGAAAUGGCGUUAAAUUUGUUGCGGGAAAAGAAGUUAGCGCUUGAGAAAAUUGGUAAAAAGUUCUCUUCCGUACUAAUCGUAUGUGGCACAUACACCAUUGGUAAAGAAAAGUUCUUCCAGGGCAUGGCUCGAAGAGUAGGGUGUUCGAUAUGGGCGUGUCCUGAAAAAGACCAAGUUUUGCAAACAGUUGAAGGAAAAAGUUUCGGCCAAGCGCCUCCCGAGUCUUGCCAGUUACAUGUCGUACCAAUGCGUGAUUUAACUCAUGAGAAAAUGCGUAGUUAUUUGUUAAAUUUGAAGGGAGCGUUCAGCGAAAUUGUGGCGUUUAAGCCCAGUGGUUGGGAAAACGGGAAGGCGCCAUCUGCUGAAAAGGACUCCGUGACUAUUCAUGGAAUACCAUACAGUGAACAUUCCAGUUUCUCUGAGUUGAUUCGGUUUGUGAAGUUUCUUAAGCCAAAGCAAGUUAUACCGACUGUCUACAUAUCAGGAGGGAUAAAGUCCGUGCAGAAAUACUUUCCGUGUCCAUUGGUGAGCAAAGAAGAUAUACAGUGUCAAAGCAAGUUAACAGACUUCUUCGCUAUAAAGAACCAACCAGUCGCUGCUGUUACUUAAUUUAUUAGGUAAAUGUUAUUUGUGUAAAUAAUAAUUUAUAUUGUACAUACAAGUCGUCUAUAUAUUUGGUUGCCAUAUUAAAAACGUUAAUAGGUAUAUAAAUAAACAAGCGAAUCGCCCCGGCUUCGCACGGUUGCAAAAAC